AUGGAUGGAGAAGAGAAAACCUAUGGUGGCUGUGAGGGCCCUGAUGCCAUGUAUGUCAAGUUGAUAUCUUCAGAUGGUCAUGAAUUUAUUGUAAAGAGAGAACAUGCGCUAACAUCGGGAACAAUAAAAGCCAUGUUGAGUGGCCCAGGUCAGUUUGCUGAGAAUGAAACUAAUGAAGUCAAUUUUAGAGAGAUCCCUUCACAUGUGCUAUCGAAAGUAUGCAUGUAUUUUACCUACAAGGUUCGCUACACUAACAGCUCCACGGAGAUUCCUGAAUUCCCAAUUGCACCUGAAAUUGCACUGGAACUGCUGAUGGCUGCGAACUUCCUAGAUUGUUAA